AUGGUUAGAGAAAUGAAGGAAGUAUUGAAACUUCUUGGUUGGGGAGAUGGCUUCAAGAUUCCUGUGGCCAAUGAUGAAAAUAAAGAAUUGGAAAGACAGGUUGAAGAACUUUUAAAGAAAAAGGCUGCAGUUAUAGUGGAAACAGAAGUGAUUAAUGAGCAAAAAGACGUUUUAAAAAAACAUUUAAAGACAAUGGAAGCUGAAAAAAAUCAUAAUCAGAAAUUAUUGAACAGUCUUCAGAAACAAUUGGAUGAUGAUGUACAUGGAAUGAAGAAAUUGGAAAUUGAAAGCAAUAAACAGUCUAAUGAGAUCAAAGAUAUGAAAAAAGAAAUUUUCGAUAUGAAUAAUAACAUUAACAAACUGAAGAGUGACAUUUCUCAUUCUACAAAUAAAAUGAAUUCAUUAAAAGAAUCACUUCAAUGGGGAGAAGAUGCAUUAUUUGCUUGGGAAGAAGAGUUAGCAAAAGGAGAAAAAGAGAUGGAAUUUUUAAAAAAUUUUAAAGCUCAAGAUGAUGAAAAAUUCCAGAAACUUGACUUGGAAAGAAAACAGGUGGAAGCAGAUUUAAAUGAAGCUAAAGCCUUGGAAAAACGAGAAGCUGACAGACAGCUGAUUCUAGAAUCUCAGCUUGAAAACAUCUCUAAAUUAUAUAAAGAGGCCUAUAAUGAAAAGAAGAGAUUAACAAAAGUUUGGUUUGAUUCUGCCAAUGUUAUACAUAAUAGAGAAGAAGAUAUUCAAAGAAAUGAAGAAAUUCUUUGUGAUGUUAAAAAUAAAGCUCGUAAUAAAUGUAUUGAAUUAUAUGACCAAAAAUCUUUUUAUGAAGAAAUCAAGAAUAUGAAUGAUAUGAUCAGAAAAGAAAUUUAUAAGGAUCAGACACAGUUCGGCAAGUUAAAAGAAACGGUAUAUGAACUGGAAAAUGUGACCCAGUUUUAUAAAAAUGAGGUUGAUUUGAGAAGAAAAGCUUCUGGAGGUAUGGGCACAAAACUUGAAGGCCAAAGACUGAAAAAUGCAGAAUUGACAGAAAAGAAUAAGAGUCGACUGCAAAAGUACAACAAAAUUCUUGAACAAAAUAUUCACCUACAAGAACAAUGUGAUGUGCUUAAAGUUGAUUCCAUGAGUGCUGAACAAAAGUAUAAAAAUGCUCAAAAUAUGUAUGAGAUGAGCUGUAAAGCAUCUGCUGAAGAUACUAGAGAAUUGGAAAGGUUAAAUAUGCUUAUACUACAACUAAAACAAGAGUAUGGAAAAUUAAAUGAAAAAUAUAUGGUAAAGAAAAAAGAAUUAUCAUUCUUAAUUAAAGCUGAAGAAGACUUACUUAUUAAGUUAAAUAAUCAAGAGAAAAAAUGUAUGGAUCUAGAAAAUGAUGUUGCUAAUUUGCUCACUGAAGAAUCUGUACUAGCAUCGCAAAUCAUUGAACUACAGAAUAAAUGCAGUAGUAGAGAUGAAAAAGAAGAAUUAGAAAAAGAAAUAUCUGAACUGCAGCUGAAAGAAAAUGAUCUGAUAAAAGAACAAAACAGGACUCAUUUACAUAUAAAAACCAUUCAGAAAGAAUAUAAAGACUUUAUUAACAAGUUAAGAAAUGGUGAAGAGGAAAUAAAAACUCUUGAAGAAAACUUCAGGUUAAUGAAACGUGAAAAUGAAUUUGGAAAGAAAGAAAUUGAAAAAACAAAAGAAGAAAUAAACAAAUUUAGGCUACAGUUAAAUUUAUUAAUGAUGAAGGAAAGCUAUUCUGAACAGAGCAUUGCACGCCAAGAUGAUACAGUGAGCAAACUAGAACGUCAGAGAAUAAUUCUUGAAGCGGCAAUGAAGGAAAGAAAAUUGGAAAUAGAUGCUCAACGUGAGAUGCUAAUUGGUAAAAAAAGAACUUUAAUGGAAGAAAGAUCAAUGUUUAAAAGAAGUAUUGAGUAUUUGCAUAUGCGGAUCAAACAGAUCCAAUCAAAAUAUUUCUUAUCAAUGGACCUUUUAGGAAAAGAUGAAAGUGGAGAGUCACUUUCUGUAGCCCAUUUUAAAAUUCAGUUAGCACAAGAGAAAUAUGAACUGCAAAUAGAAGGAGACAAUUUAGAAGCCAAAAUUAACAAGAUAGAAAAAGAAAUACAAGCAAUGGAGAAUACACUAAAACUACUCACUUCAGCAAAUGAAAAUUACAAAAUAAGUCUUGAAACAAUGGAUGGCGAUGAUCCUGAAAUGGUAGAAAAAGAAAGACUUGAGAAGAAAUAUUAUGAAGCCAGGAAAUUAAUAAAAGAAGACUCUGACCUACUAAUUUCUGUGAAAAAGGAAAUUGAAACAUUGAUGUCUGAAACAUCUCGAAUAAAAGAAAUAGCUAAGGAAUUAGAGGAAGAGUGGAAACAAAAAGAAAAGGAAGAAUCAUUCUUAGAAAAAGAAUUGGGUACUAAAUAUACCAAAUUAAAUAGAGCUACUCAGAUUUUAACAAAAGUAAUGAAUGAAGUUCAGAAAUGUAAGGAACCACUACCAUACAAAAAAUUAGCUCAGAAAGAAAUAGACAUCAGAAUGAUGGAAGAGAGAAAUGAAUGUGUCCUCCAGCAAUUAUCUGAACUUACAGUUAAUUAUUUAGAAACAAAACCAAUUGUAUGCAGAUACGUGACAGAAAAUGGCUUGAAAUUACCUCAAAGCACAACCACAGUAAACAAGUCAAACUUUACAAUCUCUACCAUUGGGAUGGAAACAAGCAGAAGCAAAACUAGUGUUAGAAGUGACAGCACAGCAGCAUCGGUCAUCACUUUAGAUCCCAAUGUUAUCUUUAAAUUAACUCCUUCCUGUCUAUCACAAAAAAGAAAAUAA